UUCAGAUCUCUGUCAGCAGAGCCCAUCACUUGGCUCCCCGCGCUUGGACUCUCCGCGUCUGCCAGGCCCCUGUCAUCAUGGCCACCGCACAUUUGGUCUCUUACCCAGGUGCAGAGAGGACUGUAAUAAUGAUCAGAGGGACAUCGAGCCCUGUGUCCAGGAAGGACCCCAGCCUGCCUGCCUGCCAGGAACCCCCACCAGGCUCACUCCCCUUCACUGUAGGGGACACUGCAUCCCCCCAAGGAGCCUCAGAAGCAGCCUGGCAUAGAAGGCUCAAGGCAGCUAUCUCAAGGUGUUGGGUCACCUGUCCUUCCUUCUCCAUCGUCUGCUUCCUCCUCACCAUCUUCUUGGCAUCCAUCCUCUUCUACAGUUACCAGCGUCUGGCUCAGGUACCCACGUCCUUGCUCUACCCAGCCCCUGUGGUCCUGUCGCCCAAUGACUUGGCCCAGGAUGGCAUGUUCACCAUCAACUCCAUAGGCCGCCUCGGGAACCAGAUGGGGGAGUACGCCACGCUGUACGCACUGGCCAAGAUGAAUGGGCGCCCAGCCUUCAUCCCGCCCCAGAUGCAUGACUGGCUAGCCCCCCUCUUCAGAAUCAGCCUCCCCAUCCUGCACGGCACCACAGCCAGCCUAUUCCCAUGGAGCAACUAUAAACUGAACGACUGGAUGGAGGAGCAGUACCGCCACAUCCCAGGGCAGUAUGUGCGCCUGACGGGCUACCCCUGCUCCUGGACCUUCUACCACCACCUGCGCCAGGAGAUCCUGCAUGAGUUCACUCUGCACGACCACUUGAGGGAGGAGGCCCAGAGGCUGCUGCGAGGCCUGAUGGUGAACGGGAGCCAGCCCAGCACCUUUGUGGGGGUGCAUGUGCGCAGGGGGGACUAUGUCUACCUCAUGCCCAAAGUCUGGAGGGGCGUGGUGGCUGACAGGGGCUACCUGCAGCAGGCCCUGGCCUGGUUCCGCACCCACCACAGCUCCCCUCUGUUCGUGGUGACCAGCAAUGACAUGGCCUGGUGCCGAGACAACAUUGAUGCCUCCCGUGGGGAUGUGGUGUUUGCUGGCAAUGGCCUGGAGGGCUCUCCCAGCAAGGACUUUGCGCUGCUCAUGCAGUGUAACCACACCAUCAUGACCGUUGGGACUUUUGGGGUCUGGGCAGGCUACCUCACAGGGGGACAGACCAUCUACCUGGCCAAUUACACCCUCCCAGACUCCCCUUUCCUCUCCAUCUUUAAGCCUGAGGCUACCUUCCUGCCAGAGUGGAUUGGGAUCCCGGCAGACCUGUCCCCACUCCUCAAGCACUGAUAACUUUUCUCUGUCCCCCGUUGAGCCCCACCUCCACCCCCAGGGCACCAGGAGUGCAUGGUGAUGUGCCUCUGGACCAUUUCUUGGUAUUUUAGAAUGCUUUAGGCUGCAAGUAACACAUAUCCCAACUCUGCUCUUUAAAAAACACAUUUUUGUGUAUCCAACAACAACCGGAUGUGACACAUGGCCAGGAUUGUGGCUUCAACUACGGAGACCAUCACCAGCGACCUCUACCCCAUCGUCUCCUGACUCGCUUUCCUCACAGUCCUUGGAGGGCUGCCAAAUAAUUUGGUGGCACACUCAAGACAACCUCUCCAGGAAGCAGAAAGAAGUUCUUUUCUUGAUUUUUUUAAAAAUCUAACUAUAUUGAUUUACUAUAGGUUUGUAAGACUAUAAAAUUUGGAACAUUUGGCUU